AGGCUGGGUUGCGUUGCAGGGGCCUGGGGGUGGGGCAGCUCUGUCCCCGGCCGCAGGAACUAUUUCUGUCCUGCGCUUUCCCUGGGGGUUCACAUCCGCCAGGCACUCCCGGAAAGAGGGGCCCCUCCUCAGCGGGUGGGCCGUGCGCGGGCGGUGGGGCUGGAUCUGUGUCCCGGAACCGGCCUCCCCAGAAGGCCUGGGACCUCAGAGGAGGCCCAGGGACACGCCUGCGGGACAUGAGGCUUCCACACCCCUCAGCUGCGUGAUAGGGGUCUGCGCCCUUUUUUCUCCCCAGGCUGCAGGGGCAAUAACAGGUCUGGCGCGGACCCUCCUGGGGAACUUCCGUCCACCUGUCUUACGGAGGAGGAGCCGUCCCUACCAGCCAGGUCCUGGUGGUGUGGGCUGUCUGCCCUCCCCCUGCCCCCCAGGAUGGGCGAGUUCAAUGAGAAGAAGUCAACAUGCGGCACCGUCUGCCUCAAGUACCUGCUUUUCACUUUCAACUUUUGCUUCUGGCUGGCUGGCCUGGCUGUCAUGGCAGUGGGCAUCUGGACACUGGUUCUGAAGAGCGACUACAUCAGUCUGCUGGCCUCGGGCACCUACCUGGCCACAGCCUACAUCCUGGUGGUGGCUGGCGUUGUUGUCAUGGUGACAGGUGUCCUGGGCUGCUGUGCCACCUUCAAGGAGCGUCGGAAUCUGCUGCGCCUGUACUUCAUCCUGCUCCUCAUCAUCUUUCUGCUGGAGAUCAUUGCUGGCAUCCUUGCCUACGUCUACUACCAGCAGCUGAACACAGAGCUCAAGGAGAACCUGAAGGACACCAUGACCAAGCGGUACCACCAGUCGGGACAUGAGGGUGUGACCAGCGCCGUGGACAAGCUGCAGCAGGAGUUCCACUGCUGUGGCAGCAACAACUCCCAGGACUGGCUGGACAGCGAGUGGAUCCGCUCUGGGGAGGCGGGCGGCCGCGUGGUCCCGGACAGCUGCUGCAAGACCGUGGUGGCCCACUGCGGGCAGCGGGACCACGCCUCCAAUAUCUACAAGGUGGAGGGCGGCUGCAUCACCAAGCUGGAGACCUUCAUCCAGGAGCAUCUGAGGGUCAUCGGGGCCGUGGGUAUCGGCAUCGCCUGCGUGCAGGUGUUCGGCAUGAUCUUCACGUGCUGUCUGUACAAGAGCCUGAAGCUGGAGCACUACUGACCCCCACCCCACGGCUGGCCUUUUUGCGAGUGCACGCAGCAGUACUACUGACCCCGCCCACGGCUGGCCUUUCUGCGCGUGCACGCAGCUGUACUACUGACCCCGCCCACGGCUGGCCUUUGUCUGCGUGCUAUAGCUUCUCACGGAGUGUCUACUGAACUGAUACUACUGACCGCCAGGGAGCUGGGGUCCCAGGACACCUCUCCCUUCCCUCCCCGCUUUGCCAUGGAGGUUGUGUUCUCAUGCCUGUGCCCCCUACCACCGUGCCAUCACCGUGCCCUCUGGGGACCUGCAGCCCCCGAAGAAGCUUCAAGUGCCUUUUGCUGCACACCAAAGUGCUGAGGCCCCAGGCAGGGGUCCCUCCUACAGUGGGGCUGGUGGCGUGGGGGAUUAGGUUCUGACAAUAAAGUGCCUCCCUCCCACAGGCCAUCUUCUCUGGAGGGGAGGGGUCAUGGGGCCUCAGUGUGCUCCCUGACACCUGUGCUCAGUUGGGCUGGUUUGGGAGUGAGUUGGGCAAAAGUGGGCUGGACCACCCUAGGGUGCUUCCAGCCCCGAUUCGGUGGUCAGGACAGGCCUGGGAGGGGCAUUGCUGGAUGGGGUAGAUUCCAGGGGAGGCCUGGCAGCUGCAGGUGAGGCACUCCAGGUGCCAGCCACCCAUCCCCCUAGGGAAAGCUACACAAAGGAGCCCAGUCCCCAGGGUCCUAAGCCUCUGCUGAUGCCCCUGCUUCUGGCCACCCUGCUCCACCAAGGCCCUGCCCUGUUGUCCAACUGCUCUCACCACCAUCUAAAAGGCCAAUGUUCACUGUUAUGUCCCCUUCCUCAGGGCAGGGGUUUUGCGAGUUUUACUGCUGUAUUACAAAUGCCUAGAAUUGCUCCUGCCACAUAAUAGGUGCUCAAUAAACAUUUGUGGAACA